ACGUGUGCAACUUUUUGUUCCCUCUUUUUCUUUUUCUAAUCCAUACUUAUCAUGUGUUUUGUUACCUAAUCAUUCGCACAUGGGAGUAUUGGACUCUCCAAUUGCCGAACAUUGAAAAGCUCCUCUGUUUUUUAAUUCUCAUCUUUAUAUUCCUUUUAAUUCCUGAUUUUUUCUCUGUUUUCUUAUGGAAUUCUGUAGAAUGAUGGAAGAUUCUUUGAAUUCUGAUUCAAUACACGCUUUUUUGAUUCAAACUUGCGAUUUUUGCAAUUUGAAAGCUGCAGUUUUGUUCUGUAAAGCUGAUUCUGCUAAGCUUUGUUUGGUUUGUGACCAGAAAGUUCAUUCUGCAAAUGCUUUGUCUCUUAAACAUACAAGAUCGCUUAUUUGUGACAAUUGCGGUGAUGAAUUAGCUUCAAUUCAAGGCGUAAAUGAUAAUCUUAUUCUCUGCCAUGAUUGCGACUCUGCUUCUUCCUCUGUUCGUAAUCGAAUUCCGAUUGAAGGCUUUAUAGGAUGCCCUUCAGCGAUCAAGAUUGCUUCUUUAUUUGGGUUUGAUUUGAAUCCGAGUUCUUUUACGGACUCGGAUUUCGGAUUUUGGCAAGAAAUGUUAAAUCUGCAAGAUUUGGUGGUUCCAAGUGGAACUUCCUCUGUUCUUUUAAGGUACGGAGAGUAUAGGCGAGAAAUGCAUGAGCAAUUGGUGGACAUGGGCAAGAGAGAAACAGAAAAACUAGGGUCUGAGACGACAACCGGUAGAUGCGCGCAGCAGGGGAAUUCUAAGAGUUUUGAAGUGGCUGUAGACGCUUGGUUUGACAAGCAAAUCCCAUCUAUUUCUUUUCCUAUGUUACCAAAUCAAGGAGAAGAAGAGGAUGCAGGAGAGGAUCUUCUGAGAGAUUACUAUUCUAUACAUGAGGAGACUCAGAUAUGGGAUUUUCAAACUGGAAGAAGAAGAGAUUGUGCACAACCUGGACAAGAAGAAGCUGUAUAUGAUGUAAAUGUUCCUGAUUUAACAAUCAAGAAUUGUUGCAACAUUACUAAAGAAACUGCUUUUAAUACAAGAAAAGUGUUGGAUGAUACACGCCGAAUAAACUGUUUGACACCAUUUGAGGAUGUACUGUCAAAAAAUACUUGCUGCAGUCAACAAUUGUCAAGGCACACAGCAAGAACAGAAGAAAGUAAAAAGACAUCACUAAUGGAACUAUCAUCACAAUCCAAGCUGGUCAAGGCCAAAACAUGCAGUAGUCCCAUCCAUUUCCAGGUGGUGGAGAAGCCUCAUCCGGCUUGGAUUGGAACUUUAGAUGAGGUGAGAUCCGACUAUGACAUGGAACUUUUUGCACAGAACAGAGGCAACGCCAUGCUACGAUACAAGGAGAAGAAGAAAGCUCGAAGAUUUGACAAGCAGAUCCGUUAUGAAUCGAGGAAGGCCAGGGCCGAUACAAGGCAGCGAGUGAAAGGUCGUUUUGUGAAGGCAGGUGAAAAUUAUUGAUAAAUUAUGAGGUAAUAUAGUAUAGUGUUUGUAAUAGUAUGUUUAUUGGCUUUUCUUGUGUGUACAUGUUUGAUCUUGGAUGAGAUGGUUUCCCUGAAUUUUGUAUAUAUUUCAUAUAUUCUAUCUGGUUGCUAACCUCAAAGUGAGUAUUCUGUAGGGCACUUACUUCAUGGUCCUAGUGUUUUACCCACCCUGGAGGAAGUGCCAGGAAAAUUAGUUGUUGGUCACAUAAUUUCAAGUUCUUAUUGAGGAGAGCUCAUAGAAACCAUUGCAAAGCUUUAUGCUGUGUUUUGGAAACCAGACCCGGCCGACUGGUUGAAUCAAUUAAUCAGAUAUAGUCCAAUCAUUUAUUCAUUUUGGUCCAUUUCAUUUUGUAACUUACUCUUUUUUUAUUUUCUCUUUUUCAUAUUUUGUAGUUUAAAAUUCACUAAAACAAUUACUUCGGUAAUUUUUAGAUUUUUCUUACUGGUUUUUUAUGGUGUCAAAUUUGUUACAACUGUCACCAAAAUAAAUCAAAGCAAUGACCAAUCUGGUUCGAGAACACUGGCUUUGGGUUUGCAA